AUGCUCUUUCGAUUCGCCUGUGCGACUGCGCUGGCUGCGCUGAGUGCGGCGAGGAGUAUCACCAAUGAAGAGCGACAAUCGUCAGGGCAACAGGCCUUGCAGCAAAUCGUACAAACGUACACCACCAACAUCCGAGCAACGCUAGGCGGACAGUGCAACGAGGGCAACAUCAGGAUCCGGCGAGAAUGGGGCGACCUCUCCCCCAACGACCGAAGACGCUACAUCGCGGCCGCGAAAUGCCUCGCACAGCGACCUCCACAGACAUCCACUUCAUACGCCCCUGGUGUAAGAAAUCGCCAUGACGAUUUUGAUGUCACCCACAUCACGCGGUGGAAAGACGUGCACAAUUCUCCGCUGCUACUGCAUUGGCAUCGCGAAUUUCUGUACCAGAUGGAGGAUGCGUUGAUUGGGGAGUGUGGGUGGACGGAAGGAAUCCCCUACUGGUCCCACGCGAAAUACGCACACCUCCCGCCCUCCCAAAACCCCCUCUUCGACGGCACCGACACCUCCCUCUCCGGCAACGGCACGCCCCACCGCGUCGCCAACGGCACCGUCGUCGACGACGACUGCAACUGCAUCACGAGCGGCCCCUUCGCGGACUGGGUCGUCAAUAUCGGCCCCUUGAACGCCCUUUGUCAGAAUAAUCCUGACGCGAAUGGGUUGGGGUAUAAUCCGAGAUGUAUUACGAGGAAGUUUAAUACGGGGGUGUUGGGGGAUAUGAGCUAUGAUGUGAUUGUGAGGACUAUCACUCAAUUCACCGAUAUCACAAGCCUAGGCGUCCACAUCGAAUCCUCGCCCGAAGGCAUCCACCCGAACGGACACACCAUGAUCGGCGGCAUGCAAACCGACAUCCCCGGCUCGUCCUCCGACCACGCCUUCUAUUGCCAUCACGCCGGGUUGGAUUUCUAUUUCAGCCUUUGGCAGGGACUGGAUUUGAGGGGACGGACAGAGGGCGUGCCGAAUACGGAGGCUUAUAGGGGGUAUAGGCAGGGGAGGGGGUGGGACAUGGUUCCACAACCCACACUAGACACGGAGCUGGAUUUCUCGCCUUCGUUCCGGAGCGUGCGGUUGGGGGAUACGGUUAGUACGACGGGGGGACGGUAUUGUUAUAUUUAUCAAUAA